AGCGGCGGCGCUCGGGGCCGCGGCGGCGGCGGGGCCGUGGCCAUGGGGGAGCCGGCGGAGGCGGCGGAGGCGGCCGUGCCCUGCCGGGUGCAGUACCUGGAGGAUGCGGAUCCCUUCGGCUGCGGCAGCUUCCCGGAGCCCCGGCGAGCCCCGGUUUAUGCCGUGGAGGAGGCGCUGGCCCUCGGGGCGCAGCUGCCCGCGCUGCAUCGCCUGCUCGGGGCCCCGCUGCCGCUGGAGGACUGCACGCUGCAGGUCUCACCCUCUGGACACUACCUGGACCUUGACUUGUCCCUGCUGGAGCAGAAGGAUGAUCUGGAGGGUUUCUACGAGGAGGUCAGGAAGGGGAGACGGCCGACCCUGAUCCUGCGCACGCAGCUCUCCGUCCGAGUCCACGCCAUCAUCGAGAAGCUGUACAACUCUCAGGGGCCGGAGCUGCGGCGAUCCCUCUUCUCCCUGAAGCAGCUCUUCCAGGAGGACAAGGACCUGGUGCCCGAGUUUGUGAACCUGGAUGGGUUGACGUGCCUGAUCAAAGUGGGGGCAGAGGCCGACCAGAACUACCAGAAUUACAUCCUCCGGGCCUUGAGCCAGAUCAUGCUCUUUGUGGACGGGAUGCAGGGUGUCAUCAACCACAACGAGACUGUCCAGUGGCUGUACACGCUGUCGGGAAGCCCAUUUCGCCUGGUGGUGAAGAUGGCACUGAAGCUGCUCCUGGUGUUCGUGGAGUACACAGAGCCCAAUGCCCUGCUCCUCAUCCGUGCUGUCAAUGCCGUGGACCAGGCGAGAGGUGCCUGUCCGUGGUCCAACCUGAUGGCCAUCCUGAAGCAACGCCACGGGGCUGACACGGAGCUGCUGGUGUUCACCAUGACACUCAUCAACAAGACGCUGGCAGCCCUCCCGGACCAGGACACCUUCUAUGACGUGACUGACUGCCUGGAGCAGCAGGGCAUGGAGCACGUGGUGCAGGAGUACCUGGGCAGCAAGGGCACCGACCUCGACUUGAAGCAGCAGUUCACACUCUACGAAAGUGCUCUCAAGCUGGAGGAUGGCGUGGAAGAGCCGCCCUCGGGGGGACGCAAGGAGAGGAGGAGGACAGACGAGGGCCGGCGCGGGUGGCGGUCCCAGAGCGGCUGCCCAGAGCCCAGUGCUGAUGCCCAGUCCCUUCUGGAGUCCCCUGGCACUCCAAAGGAGCCCCCAGCUGAGGACACCCCAGAUAUCCCCUCACCGAGCAGCCCAGCAGAACCCUGUCCCAGCAGCACCUACAGCAGCGCGUCCAGCGUGCGGCUGGCCCUGGCCUCCCCCCCGGCCGAGAAGGAGCAGCCCCCGGGCCCAGGAGAGCGCAGUGUUUACAAAGCUCGCUUUUUGGAGAACCUGGCUGCAGCCCAGAAGGAGAAGAUCUCUUCCAUGGCCAAGGGGCGGCUCGACGUCCUCGGUGAUGCUGCACUGGAGCAUCCUGCUGUUCCUGCGUGGGAAAGAGACAGUGGCACCUCUGAUUCCGGGAUGGAGCCACCCAGCAUAAGAUCUCGCCUGGCUCGGUCUGAUGCCACCGACUCCUGCAGCACCAUCUCCUCUGACACCAAGUUUAUGCUGGACAUGCUCUAUGCCAAGGGCUCCUCAGAGCCAGGGAGGGAAAAGGUGUUCCCUGAGGUCCCUUCAUCCCCCCGGAUCCAGGGUGAGGCAGAGAUGAAUGCCAAGGGAGGUAGCAGCCAGGAGCAGGAGAGUGCCUGGCUCCGUGGCAGGGCUCCAGAUGGGCCAGUGGCCAGUGCCCACGCCAAGCUGGUACGUGCCAUGUCCAGCAUAGAUGCCGAGACCCACACGCAGAAGCUGGAGAACACCGGGAUGAUGCCCAUCAAGAAGGACAUGGAGCUGACAUGGGAGCGCCUGGAGGCCAGCCCCGUGCAGCUGAAGAUCAAGGACCUGGACUUCACUGAUCUGGGGGAGGAAGAAGAUUUUGACAUCCUGGACACAGGGCCAAUGGCCAAUGGCUCCUUCCUCCAUUCUGGCAUUACAGCAACAAGCGCUGGAACACUGAUGGCUCCCCCUCCACCUCCUGCCAUGCCUGGUUGCCCACCACCUCCACCUCCACCUCCUGCAAUCCCAGGUUGCCCACCACCACCACCUCCACCUCCUGCCAUCCCUGGUUGCCCACCACCUCCACCUCCUGUAGCCCCUGGCUGCCCACCCCCACCAGGGCUGUCAGGCCUCUCAGCAACAGAUGGCCCCUCCCAGGCCAAGAAGAAGAGGACAGUGAAGCUCUUCUGGAAGGAGCUGAAGCAGCUGGAUGGCACUGUAGGGCCAGGCAGGUUUGGCCAGGGGACACUGUGGGCAUCCCUGCAGAAUGUCGAGAUCAACACUGCAAAACUGGAGCAUCUCUUUGAGUCGCGGUCAAAGGAAGUGCCGGCUUCAAAGAAAGCUGUGGAUGGGAAGAAGGUCGUGGUGGUGCUGGACCCCAAGAGAAGCAACGCCAUCAACAUUGGCCUCACAGUGCUGCCACCCGUCCACAUCAUCAAGACUGCUGUCCUCAACUUUGACGAGUUUGCAGUCAAUAAGGAAGGGAUUGAGAAAAUCCUGACCAUGGUCCCAACUGAGGAGGAGAAGCAGAAGAUCCAGGAGGCCCAGUUGGCCAACCCUGACGUGCCCUUGGGCUCUGCAGAGCAGUUCCUGCUCGCCCUGUCUUCCAUCAGUGACCUCACGGCCAGACUCCAGCUCUGGGCCUUCAAGCUGGACUACGAGAGCCUGGAGCAGGAGAUUGCAGAGCCGCUCUUUGAUCUGAAGGUGGGCAUGGAGCAGCUGGCCAAAAAUCACACCUUCAAGUGCAUCCUGGCCACGCUGCUGGCCAUGGGCAACUUCUUGAAUGGUUCUCAGAGCAGAGGCUUUGAACUGGGCUACCUGGAGAAGGUCUCGGAAGUGAAGGACACUGUGCACCGGCAGUCCCUGCUCUACCAUCUCUGCCAGAUGGUGGUAGAGAAGUUCCCAGAAACCACUGAUCUCUACUCAGAGAUUGCCUCCAUCACCCGCUCCGCCAAGAUUGACUUUGAAGAGCUGGCCAACAGCCUGGUGCAGCUGGAGCGGAGGUGCAGGGCCUCCUGGGACAACCUGAAGGUGAUUGCCAAGCACGAGACCAAGCCGGUGCUGAAGACCAAGCUGACAGAGUUCCUCAAGGACAGCACCCAGCGCAUCGUCGUCUUGAAGGUGGUGCACAGGCGCGUCCUCAACAGGUUUCACUCCUUCCUGCUGUACCUGGGGUACCCGGCGAGCGCGGCGCGGGACGUGAAGGUGACGCCCAUCUGCAAACUGCUGCGGGAGUUCGCCCUGGAGUACCGCACCUGCCGCGAGCGCGUCCUGCAGCAGCACAAGAAACGCGCCGCCCACCGCGAGCGCAGCAAGACCCGCGGGCGGCUCAUCACCGAGACAGAGAAGUUCUCUGGCAUCGCCGAGGCCGUUUUGCCACCCGCCGUGGUGUCCAGCAGCCCCAAGGAGCAGAUGGAAGCGGGUCACGAGAGCAUGAAGAGUGUACUGACCUCCCCCGUGGAUAUCCCUGCCCGCCGCAGCCGGGCCAGCCAGGGAACAGGGCAUUCCACCCCAACCCAGGGCUCCUCGGCCCAGGAGGACGUUCCCAGCUCCCCAGACGAUGCUUCGGAUGAAAUCAUGGACCGGCUGGUGAAAUCGGUGACUCACAAUGCCAACCCCCGGCCCUGCACCAACAGGGAGCGCAGGAGGUCCCGUGGCAAUAGGAAGUCCUGUAAGUUCCAUCUCUGUCCCCAUGCACUGGCCCUGUACUCUGUCCCUGUCCCAUGUCAGUGUCCCUGCCCAGAUGCUUUUUCCUACCUCUGUGUCCCUGUCCCCUUACCAUCUCCCAUUUCUUUGGCCCUGUCCCCGUGCCCUGUCCCAUCUCUAUAUCUCUCUUCCCAUGCUCUGCCCAGUCCCUGCACUCUAUCUCAUCUCUGUCCUUGUCCCCGUCCUCUGUCCCAUCUCCACGUCUCUGUGCUCUGUCCCCGUGACUUGUCCUAUUUCUGUGUCCUUGUUCCCACACCCUGCCUGGCUCCUUCCCCACGGGCCACCGGUGACCUGCCAUGCUGAGCCCACCAGGCCAUAGCAGGAUGUACCCUGAGACCAACCCAUGCCACUGCACCCCAUUGCCACUCUCCCCAGUAUGCCAGGGCCGCCCUGUCUGUGCCCCUGGCACCCAGCACCGCCUGUGCUGCUGGUGCCACACUCUGCCCCUCCCGCAGUGCGGCGGACGCUGAAGAGUGGGCUCAGUGAUGAGCUGGUGCAGGCGCUGGGCCUGGGGCGGGCGCCCGGCAUGGACGUCUGAGGGGGC